AAGUUAUCCUUGCAUCUAAUAGAGUUCCAGCAAAAAAACGGUUUCCAAUCAAAACAAUUUAUUUCCUACUACUCCUGUUUACUUGAAGCAAACUUUUUGACCAUCAGCAGUCAGCAUACAACAUACAGUAUACGGCAUAAAACAUACAAGCACAUCUUGACACAAUGGCAGACAAUCAUGGCAAUCAUUUACCGCGCGACGUUCAAACUUUCCUUACAACCCUCACCGCUCGCCUGCUGCAAGCCGCAAUCCAGACGGACGAUAAUACUACUUCCGCUUCUCGCCCAAACGUUGGUAUUGAAGCUGUUCGGGAGCUUCUUCUUCGGCCCUGUGACAAUAAUAAUAAUAAUACAGGCGACGGUGCUCUAUCCAAGCACAAGUCUCGUCCUACGGGUGCAUCUACAGGCACCCGACGCGAACCUCUUGCCGUUGAAGAUACUCCGUCGCCUCCUCGUGCUCCGCUUCCGUCUGGGGAAGGAGCCAGGCAGCCGGCUUCUCCCUUCGCAUUUGCUGCCACUUCUAGCGGCUUAGGCCUUCGCGUUCAGACCCUAGAGCAUCGCGUUGAUGCCAUUGAUCCGGGAAGUAGGUCUGUUACUUCAAAAUCUCUGGAAAGGCCGCUUGCGCAGUUGAGAGAGUUGGAGGAAGAAGUGGCAAAGUUGCGUAAGGAUAUUAUGAGACUUCGAGCCCAGAUUCAUCCGGCGGAAAGAGGUUCUGUUUCUUUUGAGGGACUAUAAGGAUAG